UUGGAAUCCUGAGUCAAUCUAAGCACGCCGCCUCAAAUUGCCUAUCCUCUUUGUGGCGGCCAUAUUUACAGAAACAUAAUUAAACUUCAUGUUUAGGCUGAUUGCUUUGCCAAAGCCUUAAUAAAAAAAAAUGUGACGAGUAAAUAGGAUAGAGAGUAUUUGAGAGCUAUUCAGUUUAAUGAAGAAUAAGGAAAUAACAAAUUUUAAUGUAAACAAAAUUUUACAAACAGAACUUCCAGUUAUCAUGAAAUUAAAUACGAACACAAAAAUGAUUAGUCAGAAAAUUAUUCUUGUUCCUUAUCAAGCACACCAUGUACCAAAAUACCACCAAUGGUUGAAGUCAGAUGAACUGCAGAGGCUCACAGCUUCGGAACCAUUGACAUUAGAAGAGGAAUAUGAAAUGCAGAAAUCAUGGAUAGAGGAUGAAAAUAAAUGCACAUUUAUAAUCCUGGAAAAAGAAGCAUACCAAGAGAAACAAAAUGAAAUAGAUGCUAUGAUAGGAGAUACCAACAUAUUUAUCACAGACAAAGAGGCCAACACGGGUGAAAUAGAAAUAAUGAUAGCAGAAGACUCAGCAAGAGGAAAGAAACUUGGAUGGGAAGCUGUUAUUCUCAUGCUUCUGUAUGGAAUAACCCACAUUAAUUUAAAAACAUAUGAAGCAAAAAUAUCUCUUACAAAUGAAAUCAGUUUAGGAAUGUUUAAGAAAUUAGGAUUUGAGGAAAAAUCAAGAAGUGAUGUGUUCCAUGAAAUAACCCUAGAGAAAAAAGUUUCAGAUGAAUGGAAAGAAUGGCUAGCUAAGCAUGUUCAGUAUGUAAUAGAAAGUUGUUAAAUGAAUGGGUCUUCAUACAUAAUAUAAGCAUUUGUUUUAUAUAAAUCCAUUCUUUCUUAAUAUAAUGUUUCAAUUGUUAAUAAAAUUAUAUAUGUAGUGUGUAGUUUAUUUAGAUAAUUCAGGUUUUUUGUUUCAAAGUGGUAGCACCUAGACAGUAUCAACGCCCCCAAAUGCUUCCCCUAUCUCCCUAGAAUUCUUCAGUGCCCACUGGGGGGCACCAGGUAGUACACACCGGACACACCAUACAACGGUCGAAAAUUAUUUACCUACUACUACUACUAUUAUACAGCAAGUCGCUAUCUGUAGACGGGCAAACGUGUGCGUGAAAUGGCAGGGUUACCCAUCACUUUCUCGUACUAUUACGUUACGUGGUCAGAGCGACAACAAAGCGAGAAUUCUACCGCAAAU